AUGAAAACGGGACGAUAUUAUCGUCCCAAUGGCAAACAAGUGGUUCUAUACGAUCAAAUUCCAAAUAAUGGAAGUUUUGAUAAAAUGAAUCAUGUUCGGCCAGAUGAUCGUACUUUGGAAGAAUUAUUCCAAAAAACGAUCGCAACAAUGGAUUUACCACCAGAUAAAAUGAAAAUGUUGCGUGAUUUUCCAGCUGAAAAGAAAUGGGAUAUUAUACGUGAUCGAGAUCAAGUGAUUGCUAAGCAUCCUCCGGAAUAUUAUAUUAAUGGUUUACAAACAUAUAUUCGUGGUGCUAAUCUCGUUGAAAAAGCAUCAACUUUAAAAAAAAAGCAACCAGUUGAACUUUCCACUCAAUUAUUGUCAAGUUUAGAAAUAUCUUUACGUACAAAUAAUAUUGGUUGGGUACAUGAUUAUCUUAAUACGACAAAUAAAGGUCUUGAUGUUUUACUUGAUUAUUUAAAAACAUCAUUAGAAGUAAUGCGUGAAGUUGAAUCUUCGGAUGAAUCUAUGUGUUCAUCAGCAAUCAAUGGAAAUACUCAUUAUCCAGAUGAAAAUUCACCAGGAGUUUCAAAAGGACCAACAUUAAGUCGUUCAGAUGCUAAACGUUUACAUCGUAAAUUAAAAAAAUAUCAAAUUGGUGAAGCAACUGAUGAUGUUAGAUUAUGUAUCAUGUGUCUUCGAGCGAUUAUGAAUAAUCAGAAUGGUUUUAAUCUUGUUAUUCAACAUACCUCGGCACUCAACUAUAUUACACUUAGUUUACAACAUAAAAAUUAUCGAUGUAAAGCACUUAUUUUAGAAUUACUUGCUGCUGUUUGUCUGGUUGAAUUAGGUCAUGAUGUGGUACUAGCAGCAUUUGAUAAUUUUCGAAUUAAAUGUCAAGAAAAACAUCGUUUUGAAAUUUUAAUGAAAUCUUUUACACAACCAUCAGAAUUUAAUGUUGAUUAUAUGGUUGCAUGUAUGCAAUUUAUUAAUAUAAUUGUCCAUUCCGUACAAGACAUGAAUUAUCGAGUAUAUUUACAAGAAGAAUUUAAAUUACUUGGUCUUGAUGAAUGUCUUAAAAAAUAUUUGGAAAUUCAUAGUGAAUGUGAUUUAUUUAUAUUACAAAUUCAUGCUUUUCUCGAUAAUUAUUUUGAUGUUGGACAAUUACUUGAAGAUUCUGAAACAAAACAACAAGCUAUUGGUAAAGUAUCCGAGUUAGAAGAACAAUUAGCAAUUACAAAUGAAAGAAUACAAGAACUUGAAAGUGGAAAUUCUAAUAAAAUUGCUGAAUUACAAAAAGCAUUGUCAGCUGCUGAAGAACAAGUGGAAAAUGCGAAAAAAGAACGUGAUGAUAUUUCACAUACAUUAACUAUACUGAAACAAUCUCAGCAAGAACGAGGAUCUCUCAAUGGUUCUUCGUCAUCAAUCUCAUCAGCUCCUCCUGGUGCACCACCAAAUGGACCAACAAAUUACACGAAUAACAAUAGUACGCUUACAGUAUCCAAUACAUCUAUACCACCACCUCCACCGCCGCCCCUACCUCCAAUUUUUACAGAUUUUAUUCCACCACCACCACCGCCGGGACCCCCUCCUCCAAUGUUUGGCAUUCCACCACCACCUCCCGGAUUGCUUGAUCCUCCACCCGGUUCAAUGACAAUAAAAAAGAAAAUUGAAACGAAAUAUAAAUUACCAAAUCUAAAUUGGACAUCAUUAAAACCUGGUCAAGUUCGUGGAACUAUUUUUUCUGAACUUGAUGAUGAAAAAUAUUUUAAAUUAAUUGAUUUUGAUACAUUCGAAGAAUUAUUCAAAACAGGUUCAGGUCUUCCAGUUAAUCAAACAAGUGUUAGUCCACAUUUAAAACAAAAAUUUGUUAAAGUUCCAGAAAGUUUAACACUACUCGAUCCACAAAGACAACGAAAUUUAGCUAUUGCUCGGCGGAAACUUGAUCUAGAUGUAAAUACAAUCAUACGUGCAUUGAAUAAUCUUGAUUUAAAAAUUUUAACAAUCGAUACAAUUGAUAUAUUACAACACUUUAUUCCAACUGAAUCCGAAAUCAAAGCAUUCUCAUCGUAUUUAUCCGAUGGAAAAUCAAUAGUAAAUCUAUCGGAUGAAGAUCGAUUUCUACAUGGACUUACUAAAAUAGAAAGAUUAACACAAAAAUUAAAUGUUGUUUCAUUUAUGGCUAAUUUUGAUGAUGUUAAUCAAAAUUUAACACCACAAUUAAAAGCAAUCAUAACAGCAUCAACAACAUUAAAAAAUAGUUCAAGAUUUAAAAAAUUCCUUGAGAUUGUACUUGCUUUUGGUAAUUAUAUGAACAGUAGUAAACGUGGUCCGGCUUACGGAUUUAAAUUAGCAAGUUUAGAAAUUUUAUCUGAUACAAGAACACAUGAUAAACGUUUAACUUUACUUCAUUUUAUUGUUCAAACAGUUGAAGAACGAUUUCAUGAUAUAACAAAUUUUGAUAAUGAACUUAAAUCUGCUGAAAAAGCUGCACAAGUAUCCUUGGAAAAUAUUCAAAUCGAUGUACAAGAUCUAACACGUGGUUUAGAUAAUGCGAAAAAAGAACUUGUUAUUCGACAAACAAUGAAGAAUGUUGAAACACGUCCGUUAGAAGAUUUUCUUAAUAUAGCUCAAGCUAAGAUUGAUCGUCUAAUAAAAGAUGCUAAACUAGCACAAGAUUCAUUUAAUCAAUGUGUAGAAUAUUAUGGUGAAACACCACGUACACAAAAUCCAUCAAAUUUCUUUUCUGUUUUUGUUAAAUUUCAACGAGCAUAUCAACAAGCACGCAUUGAUAAUGAAGAACGAACACGUUUAGCUCGUGAAGCUGCUCUAAUAAAUGAUAAACCAACAAAUAAACGUUCAGUUAAUAAACGUUCACAGGAAGAAUUAUUAAAUGAAUUAAAAGGACGAAAAGAAGCAAUAAAAGAUCAAAAACUAAUUAAACGUGAAGCAUUGACAGAUGGUACAAUUGAAACUUUAUUAGAUGAUUUGAAAAAAGCACCGUAUUUACGUGCUGAUGCUGCCCGUCGUAAUCGUCGUAAAACUCAAGAAUUAAUGAAACAAAUUAGUCGUGAUGUUUUAGCGGGAGUUACAAAUGGAACAACUACAACUUCUAAUAAUACACCUGAAGUACAUUUAUAA